AAUGGCAGCUAUAUCAAUAAUAAUAAUUUUAUUGAAUGACCCCUUCGCCAGCCUACAAAAAAACAAUAAGGGGAGGAUAAGGAAGGGUGAUAAAAUUAACUGAUUCUAAGUGUGUAUGAGAUAGAUUACAUUAGGCAGGGGUGCCACUAGGAUUAUUAUGAUAGUGACCUUGUUGCUAAGUGCAAAAGCAAAACAAUGACGUAGAAACAACUGUGCUAAGUACUGAGUGGAGGAGAGAGAUGGAGGCAGAUGCUGCAGGGGGAAAAAAAGACUGAUUAAAAAGGGCCCUUUGAUUCCACAGGCACGAAAAUUCCACAGCCAGGAAUUUGCUACCACCUCUGAGUCAGGCCCGCGUGGGGGUGGGGUGCACAAUCCUGUUAGUAGAGAAUGCCUAGUGGGUUUAGUCUGUGAGAGUCACAUUUCUUAUUUGGACCAGUGUAGACAGAAGUAAACCCAGUUAACUUGUUUCCUGGGACAGUUAAAUUAGGGGAUGGCUUUUGCAGAGCAUUCACCACUGACCCCUCACCGUCGGGACCUCUGUAGCCGCUCUAUCUGGCUAGCAAGGAAGAUUCGUUCAGACCUGGCUGCUCUUACGGAAUCUUAUGUGAAGCAUCAGGGCCUGAACAAGAACAUCAACCUGGACUCUGUGGAUGGGGUGCCAAUGGCAAGCACUGAUCAGUGGAGUGAGCUGACCGAGGCAGAGCGACUCCAAGAGAAUCUUCAAGCUUAUCGUGUCUUCCAUGUUUUGUUGGCCAGGCUUUUAGAAGACCAGCAGGUGCAUUUUACCCCAACUGAAGGUGACUUCCAUCAAGCAAUACAUACCCUUCUUCUCCAAGUUGCUGCCUUUGCUUACCAGAUAGAGGAGUUAAUGGUACUCCUGGAAUACAAGAUUCCCCCCAGUGAGGCUGAUGGGAUGCCUGUUGGUGUUGGAGAUGGUGGUCUCUUUGAGAAGAAGCUUUGGGGUCUAAAGGUGCUACAGGAGCUUUCACAGUGGACAGUGAGGUCUAUCCAUGACCUUCGUGUCAUAUCUUCUCAUCAGACUGGGAUCCCAGCACGUGGGAGCCAUUAUAUUGCUAAGGAGAAGAAAAUGUAGCAGUUGGUCUCUUCUCUCUUCCUUGCUUUCUUUUCUGAUGGAAUAUACAUAGUUCCCUGGGGCCUCACUUUCCCAUCUCAAAUUUCCGAAAAUGAUUAAGACUACAGGCAUUUUUUUUUUCUUCUUUUUUCCCUGACCACCUGUAGCCUGUUGAAGGACUGCAGGCAUUUUCAUUAAGUAGGGUUGGAGACAUGCACAAAUGUGCAUACAAGUUUAUUCUGAGGUGGGUGUCUGUACGUGCUGUAGGUGUAGGAGGGUGGGAGCAGGGAUAAUGUCCUUCCACUUCAGGGUUCUAACUUGUAACACUAAGUAACCUCUACAGACAUGUAACAGCCUUACAGACAGAAUAUACAUAUGUUAAUUCAAGUUCUGGAUGGCUCAUCUGAGAAGACUCAAUUUAAAAUCAAGACUCUAGCCAAUUUAAACGUUUAAAGAAUAAAAAUAAUAGCUAACUUUUAUCUACUAUAUUGAGGCAAUAUGCCAAGGGUCUUUAUUAUGUACAGCUUUUACAACCUUGUGAGGGAGGUGGUGGUACUCCCAUUUGGAAGAUGAGAAAACAGGCUCACAGAGAUUUGGUUAAGCUCACCCAGCUAACAAGUGACGCACUAAGUUUGAACACAGAUCAUUCUUGUAAAGCCUGUGUGCCUUUCACUUUAGAGGCUUAAUUAUGAAUCACUGCGCCUCUUUGUGACAGGAUGUUGGAAGAUGCAUCCAUGUAAUCUAUUCCCAUUGCUGGAAAACAGCUGCCAUUAUAUGUCCUCAGAAGUCAGUUGCAAAUUUUAGCGUUAAAGUCAGGAUUUGUUGUUCAUACUUGGCAGUGAGGAGGGCAGCUGGAGAUGUUAAGAUUCCACUUUGGAAAAUGAUUAGGCCCACCAAACUUCUGAACCUUGAAAGCUGGGGCUGCUUAGUAAUACAGCCUGGUUUUAAAGUUCCCACUAAGUGUUCUUGAAUAUUGGGUUAGGCACGGUUUAUACCAAGUUACCUCACUUUUACUAUAAUUAGUAAUGCAGGCAGUGUAACCCAAGCAUUUAUGGACAUGGAGUGGAAUCCUCAAGUCACCGUAUUUUCACCUCAAAAACUUAGUCAUGAGGAGAGGGUGAGGCCAACUCUGUUUCUGCUGGAGAUGCCAGAGACACUGAAACUAUACAGCAAAGCCUUUGUGCUGCACAACAAA